AUGCCUCUGGUUAACGAGGAAAUUAUGAAAUUGGCAAUCAGGAAUAAAGAAAGGCUUGAUCAACAUUCAAAUGCUGGAGCUCAGCCAACCACAACAUUGUCUGACGAUUGGAAACGAUCAAACCAUGAAGGUUCUAAAUUUAUCGAAUUUUAUAUGGCACAUUCCGUCUUUUGUAGUAGAUAUACCCCAAUGCAAGGUGUAUCUCUAGACAUUAGAACAUAUUAUGCUAGUGAUCAGAGCUUGGAAGAUUGUUAUAAUUUGGCGACCGGCGUUCAUGGAAUAAGCGAAAGAAGCAGGAGAAGAAGAAGAGCUGGCGAGAAGCAAAGAACGUCGUCGGCGAGUAAUAAAACAGCGUCGAGAAACUUUAAAUUGGCGUUUCUUCCUCCCAUCUCAAAGAAGCUCGUUUUAUACGUUGGUAAUUUAUAA